CGGUGGAGAAAUGGCGAGCGGCAAAAAGAGUGCACUUCUCUCCUCUUUGGCGGAUUAUGGAGACGAUUCAGAGGCAGAUUCCGACCCAGAGAUAGAAGAAACAGAGGGCCAUGGAGUAGGCCUGGUGUCUGCUGCCUACGGAGAGGACGACAUUAGCCGGAUUGAGGAUGGCGACGACAAGGCAUCCGGAGACGAGGACAGUGGGGAGAGCUCCCGUAACUCGGACAUGGAAGAGUCUGAUGAGGGUGGAGACACAGAUGAUUAUAAGGACAUCCCAGAAGCAGAGAGGAAGGAUCCCAAUGAGUUGGUCGCUCUGUUCUCCGAGAAAGUGAGGAACAUGUCACCCGACAAGAUCCGGAUUCCCCCUGAGCCACCAGGACGCUGCUCCAGUCACCUACAGGAGAAGAUCCAGAAGCUGUAUGAAAAGAAUCUACAUGGAGACUUUGACACAAACAACCACAUUCAGAAGAAGAAAGAGUUCAGGAAUCCCAGUAUCUAUGAGAAACUCAUUCAGUUCUGUGGCAUUGAUGAACUGGGAACCAACUACCCUAAAGACAUGUUUGAUCCUCACGGCUGGUCAGAGGACUCUUACUAUGAGGCACUGGCCAAAGCUCAGAAGGUAGAGAUGGAUAAACUGGAGAAAGCCAAGAAGGACAGGACGAAGAUUGAGUUUGUGACAGGCACUAAGAAGGGGACAAUCCCCACCAAUGCAGCAGUUCCCACCACCAAUACAGCUACUACCACAGCUACAGCAGAGGCUCAGAAGAGGAAGAGUAAGUGGGACUCUGCAGUGCCCGUGACCCUGGCCCAGCCCGCACUGCUCACUACCACGGCAACCCUGCCAGGGGUGGUCUCCGUGACAACCACCGCCAGCGGAACCAAGACCACCGUCAUCUCCGCCGUUGGCACCAUCCAGAAGAAAGCCAAGCAGUGAACCGGCAUGGGGAGAGGAAGUAUGUGUGUUUUGAAUGGAUGGAUGAAUGUGUGUGUGUGUGUGCAUUGAGCUGUGUGGCUGUAUUACUAAAUGCAAAAAGAGGGAGAGUGAAAGAAUGUCUUCAGACAAUAUGGAUGUCACAUGAACAUUUCUGUACUCAUCCUUUCUGGCUGUACAAAACCUCUGCAUCUCUACUGCCGUCGGUCUCUGGGAUUGGAUCUACAACAUAUGGUCAAAGGACUCAAGCCUGACUUGAGAUUCAAUAAGACAAUUUUUUUUGUCAUUUCUGCAUUGAUAUCAACAUAAGGUUCCUUUUUCAUCCAGCUCUCCAGUCAGCACCCUGUUGAAGUUAUGCAUUGAUCUGUUUUUUUUUUCUGUCGACAAGAAACAGUGUUUUGAUGUUAGCUAAAGACUAUCCAUUGGGAAACCACCCUACCUAGAAAGUAGCCUAGUUAUGGCAUAAGCCUCUUGACUGAAACUUGAGUUAGUUUCUUUAUUCCAUCCUCCUGUAAAAUGGUUUCUUACAGUAUCAACCCAUCUGUUAUGGUACAGUAUAUAUUACUAUUAGUUUUGGGCUCUACAACAUUAUGUCCUUUCUACCCACAGUGUAUAUUUGUGCUAUUUCCUAUGUUCUGUGUUUUUGACCAUCUACUGGACAGUCUAUGGACAUUGGUAUCAACGUUUCCUGUCUCAUUUUCAAUGGCCUAUUCAAAGAGCUUAGCGGGAAUAUUUUUUACAAAUGUACAUAUAUCGCUGCUGAUGAUGAUAGGAUGGUAAAUAAAACAAACGUCAUACUGCCUUUUCAA